AUGGCGCUGGAGUGGACCCACGAGAAUAUUCACUUGUUCGGAGGAAACGCCAAGAAUAUUACUGCCGGUGGCUAUGGCCCAAUGACUGCUUUCCAGGUUCACUUUGACGCGUAUCAGCCACCUGACAAGCGCAUCAUUCGUCGAUCCUACAUGUUUAGCGGAGCUGUGAGCGUCCAGCCGGAAUCUGCAGAGUCUCCGAAAACGCAGAAGCAAUUGGAUGAGAUCUGCGAGCAGCUCAUGAUCGAUCGCAACCUGCCUGCACGAGAUAAGAUGCGUUUGCUCAGAGGUGUGUCGAGCGACAAGCUGAUGGAGGUCAUCAAAAUUCUUGAGCCGGAGUUUAAGCCAGUGACAGACGGACAAGGCGGCUUCGUGCCUGCAUGGAUGAUGCAGUCUUUGUGGAGCGGAGAGUUCGGCAGGCGAUUGAAGCAAAGAGGGUUUCAGCUGGUCAUUGGAGAUCCGAGCGAUGAGAAGGCGAUAUACGACCACUGGGCUCGCAGUCGGUACCGGACGGCAAGGGUGAUCAAUAGUCGCGACGCUUUGAUGGCUAAGCUCAAGACACUGUAUCCUGAUGAUAUAUGCCAGCUGCUACUCAAGAAAUAUGCCAACAGCAUUAUGGACUGGGGCUCAAUGUACUGCGAGAUCAUCGCUGACGUGCAAUGUCAUGCUGCUGUACGCGGAUGGGCUCAGUGCUUGUUUUAUGGAGGCAUGACCACACACGAUGUUUUCAGGUACCACAUCGCAUGGCGACCAAAAGGCUUCGACGAGUAUAUCAAUCCAGGCACUGGAAUCUCGCACGUAAUGGAUGCGCCCAUCUGGUGGUUUACGGGCUGGAGAGCUGGCUUCACGAGAAAAGACAAGCAUGACGUUUUCGAAUUUGUCACUCCAUUUGGUCGGUUCCUGAAGGGCGACACAUCCACCGAGAUCGGCUGGUGCACUGAACAAGAGUUUGAGGUCCGUCUUUUGACCGCCGAUGGUUCCGUCGCCACUGGCGAGGACCCCUUCUGGGUGAAGAAACUUGACAUCUGGAGAGCGCUUCGUGACGUCCAUCUCUGGCGAGGUACUACCAGAGAGGAGCACAAGAAAGGCACCAAGAACGACGUGAUUGUCACCGAAGACUAUCACAGCAUGCUGACUCCGUAA